UCAUGGUUAAAAUAUAUGAAUAUAAAAUUUGUUGCCCAACUUGUAUUUUACUCUUUAUUUGAUUACAUUACAAGACCUGCACUUCGUGUCCUGACCUAUUUGAAAAAUGUCCUUAUUAGAGAGAGGGCAUCUGAAUUGGCUAAACUUGAAGCCCUAGAUAGUGGGAAACCAUUGGAUGAAACUACGUGGGAUUUGGAUGAUGUUGCUUCCUGUUUUGAGUACUAUGCAGAUCUUGCAGAAUCCUUAGAUGGAAAGCAAAGAACCCCUGUUUCUGUUCCAUUGCAAACAUUUAAGUCUUAUGUUAUCAAAGAACCAAUUGGAGUUGUUGGAUUGAUUACGCCCUGGUAUGAUUACUGAUAUAUAGACCAAUCU